GAAUGGACUGCCCCAGCGCCCAACUCCCCACCUUAAUUGCCUCAGAUGAUUACAAUAAUUUAUUGUUUAAUCAAAGUUUAAUCCAAAAGUUAGCACGAAAAACAAUUUUUUCUCCAACAAAUCCUUUUCUGGAUUAAAUUCCCCAUUCCCUCAGCACCAACAGAGAUAAGCAAAAAUUCCGCUGCAGCUGAAGACGACAGAGUGAAAAUCCCACCUUCAUCCGCCGCCGCCGAUGGGUCAAACCGCUUCCGCUGCGAGGCCCAGAUCCUCCAAAUCCACCGCCGCUAUCUCGCCGUUCCUGGCGGAGCCCGGCCUCGAGAACCCCGACGAUUCCGGCGCCGAAUUGGACAAUUCCGCCGAAAUCGAUUACUCUCUGAGCCUCCCCGACGAAUGCCUGGCGUGCAUUUUCCAGUCGCUCUCCGCCGGCGACAGGAACCGCGCGUCCGUGGUCUGCCGCCGCUGGCUCGCGGUGGAGGGGCAGAGCCGCCACCGCCUCUCGCUGAAGGCGGCGGCGGAGCUCUCCGCCGCCAUCCCCCGUCUCUUCGCCCGCUUCGAUUCCGUCACGAAGCUCGCGCUGAAAUGCGACCGCAGAUCCGUCAGCAUCGGCGACGACGCACUGAUUCUGAUCUCGCAGAGGUGCAGGAACCUCACGAGAUUGAAGCUCCGCGCCUGCCGCGAGCUCACCGACGAGGGGAUGUCGGUUUUCGCCGCGAAUUGCAGGAAUCUGCAGAAAUUCUCGUGCGGCUCUUCCAGCUUUGGGGCUAAAGGGAUGAAUGCGCUGAUCGACAACUGCGGAUUGCUUGAGGAGCUCUCGGUGAAGCGAUUGCGAGGGAUUACUGACGCUACAGCAGCUGAAGCAAUCGGGCCGGGUAAGGCUGCUGAUUCUUUGAAAAUUAUCUGUUUAAAAGAUCUUUACAAUGGGCAAUGUUUCGGGCCUUUGAUAAUUGGGGCUAAGAAUUUGAGAAGUUUGAAGCUGUUUAGAUGCUCUGGAGAUUGGGAUAAAUUGUUAGAAUUGAUUGCUGAUAGGGUUGAUAGUUUGAUUGAGGUACAUUUGGAGAGGAUUCAAGUUAGUGAUUUAGGGCUUUCGGCCCUCUCUAAAUGUGCAAAUCUGGAGGUGCUGCAUUUGGUGAAGACGCCCGAAUGCACGAACAUCGGGCUUAUGGCAGUCGCUGAGAAAUGUAGGCUGCUUAGGAAGCUCCACAUUGAUGGAUGGAAGACUAAUAGGAUAGGUGAUGAUGGAUUGAUUGCUGUGGCUACUUACUGCCCUAAUCUGCAGGAGUUGGUCUUGAUUGGUGUGAAUCCCACACGAUUGAGCUUGGAGAAGCUGGCUACGAAUUGCCAGAGUUUGGAGAGAUUAGCCCUUUGUGGGAGUGAAACUGUUGGAGACACGGAGAUAUCAUGCAUUGCUGCAAAAUGCUUCGCGUUGAAGAAGCUGUGCAUCAAGAGCUGUCCAAUGUCGGAUCAUGGCAUGGAGGCGUUGGCGGGUGGGUGCCCUAAUCUGGUGAAGGUGAAGGUCAAGAAGUGUAGGGGGGUAACCACUGAGGGAGCGGAUUGGUUGAGGGCGAGCAGGGGUUCUCUCUCCGUGAAUCUGGAUGCUGUCGAGCCUGAACUGCCCGAUGCAAGCAUUAGUGAGCAGGAAGCUGGUGAUGCUGAUGGGGAUGCUCCAUUGGGUGGCGGGAGUGGAGACCCUAACAUUGCAUCAAGCAGCAGCAACGGGAGGUCCACUUCGUUCAAGAUGAGGUUAGGGUCUUUCUCGCGGAGGAGCUUGGCGAUGUGUACAUUCAAGAGGUGGUCGAGCUUUGGUGGCAGACUGAGGAGCAACUCCGGAAGGAGCUGAUGUCGCUGCUUUCCAUUACGUGUGCUGUUUGAAUGCGUGACCAGACCACGGCUUCUGGUUAUUUUCGAAGUUUGUGGGUGAUUGAGUGAAUGCGUUUUGAUGUGUUGAUGAGAAGUAUUAACAAUGGCUCAUUCAAUUGAAUAGGAGAAGAGAGAAAGGCCUUUGCACUCUCUUACUGUAUUUGACUUUAUGCAGAACACUGAAAAUGACAACCUAGUAAGAACUUGAUGGUUGUUUAUUUGCUAUAGUUUUUGAUUGUUGAAACUCAUUCAAAUGUGCAAUUCUGUUGUUAUGUAUGAACCCAAAUUACUACACUUUUCCACCAUCGUGCUGGUUUGGGCUAAAUCUCCUCAUGUGUUGAUUGUUGAAUGUAUAAAGGUGAUUGUUUUCCUUCA